AAAAAUAUUGGCUUCCGGUUCACAUGUACAAGCUACAGCGUGAUAAUAAGAAGACCGAAGUUAUCUGCAGACAUUUACUAGUAUCAGUUAUCUCUGAGUCUCCAGCGUCUGUCUGUAAACAUGAAGCUGCUCACGCACAACAUGUUGACGUCUCACGUGAAGGGGGUCACUAAAGGAUACCCGCUACUCAUCAAGGCAAGUGAGGUGAAGGUGAACGACUUGGAGUUCAACCCUCAGUUCAUCAGCCGGAUGAUCCCCAAGCUGGAGUGGAGCGCUCUGGUCCAAGCUGCGGAGGAGUUGGGUCAUCGACAAGACCUGCCCAGUGAGCUGGUGCCAGACUACCAGACAAACGAAGAGUUCCUGAAGAAAGUGCACAGAGCGCUAUUAGAGGUGGAGGUGAUAGAGGGCUGUCUGCAGUGCCCUGAAUCAGGACGCGAGUUCCCGAUCUCUAAAGGAAUCCCCAACAUGCUGCUGAACGAAGACGAGGUGUAGACUGACUCUCACUCCCAACCUCACUCAGACGGGACUGUGUGUGUCCAGAGAGAGAGAGAGAAGAGAGAAGAGGCUGGACUCUGGUUUGAGUUGGUGCCAUGAGAAAAUAGGCCACACUGUUUGGUUGAUUGUAGUUCUGACAUUUAAGUGGCUGAUGUUUCCUCUGGAGGAGAGAGAUUUGAAGAGUAACGGAUGGAAAUGUUCCCCUGAGAGUAACCCCCAGUGGUUUUAUCUGUAUUUAUUUUUGUAACUUUUUUGGUCUCUUUCUUUUUCAUUUUCAAUAAAACUGUCCUAAUUUCCGUGACAGCCCAA